AUGAAACUCACUAGUGCCAUUGCCCUCUGCGGGCUUUUAUCGCAGGUAUCUGCAAAGAUGGUUGUCGGCUACUUCCCCAACUGGUUGUAUGCGAACUAUCCCGUUGAAAAGAUCCCAGUGAACAAAUACACCCACAUCAACUAUGCGUUCGCCAUUCUCAACAAAGAUGAUAUGGUUCCUGCAUUCACUGACGAUUGGGCCGUCGAGUCCUCCCUACCAAAGCUUGUCAACAAUACCCACACCGUUGGUAGCAAGGUCUUGUUGUCUGUCGGAGGAUGGACUGGUUCCAUCAAGUUCUCUAAAAUGGUGGCAAAGGCAGAAAACAGAAAGAAGUUCAUUGAUUGGAAUUUGAACUUCAUUUCAAAGUACAAUACUGACGGUGUUGAUAUUGAUUGGGAGUACCCUGGUCGCCAAGCUGCUGGCUGUAACGAAUUUGAUGCAAAGAAUGAUGCUUCCAACUUCUUGAUCUUGUUGAAGGAGCUUCGUGCUGCUUUGGAUAAAAAAUUCCCAAAGCAACACAAAGAAAUUACCAUGGCUGUACACGUCUAUCCAUUCCAAACUGAGAAGGGAUACAUGGAGAGCGUCAAGGACUUUGUUCCAUUCUUCGACCAUAUUAAUAUUAUGUCAUAUGACAUCAACGGUGCCUGGGGCACAACCACUGGACCUAAUGCUCCAUUGUAUCAUGAAGAGGGUAAGGGAGAACAAGUAUCUUUUGCUUCAAGUAUCAAGAACUGGAUUGAUGCUGGUGUUCCAGCUGCAAAGAUCAAUGCUGGCCUUGCCUACUACGGAAGAUCAAUAAAAACUGCUGAAGACAUGAAGGAUAAUCAAUAUGUCAGCAGCGUCAAAGGAGCUCCCAAGGGAGACUCUGAUGAUGCUUACUGGCAGGACCCUAGCUGCAACGCCGAGGAAGGUGGCUUCUCUGGUAUUUGGAAGUACACCAACUUGAGAUCACAAGGCAUCCUCGACAAGGACGGAAAGCCAGGUGCAGGCUAUACCAAACACUGGGAUCCCAUCUCCAGUACUCCAUGGUUGUUCAACGAAAUGACAAAGACUUACAUCUCAUACGAAGACAAGGAUUCUUUGAUGCACAAAGUCGAACUCGCCUUGUGCCUUGACAUUGGCGGUGUGAUGGCCUGGUAAGUUUGGCUCAUAUGAAAGGCAACAGUGUUAUACAUUUUUUUAUUAAUGAACCUCCAAAAAAG